GAACACAGAGGCUGUGAUAGCCCGGAUCCUGAUGCCUCAUAUGUCCUCACCCCUCACACAGAAGAAAAAUAUAAAAAAAUUAAUGAAGAGUUUGAUAAUAUGAUGCGAAAUCAUAAAAUCCCGACAGCCUUGCCCCCGCAGAACUUCUCCAUGCAUGUGGCUGUGCCAGUGACGAACCCCAACGCCAUGUCCUACAUCCCCGGGGCCUCUCUGAGCAGCCAGAGCCUGUCGGUCGCCACUGCCUCUCUGAGUGACGGUGCCAUGCUGUCUCCUCCACAGGGUUCCCUGCACAGAAACUUAGUGUCUGCCGGGGCCCCACAGAGGCCCCCCAGCACAGGCAGCGCAGCAGGAAACGGCUUUGUUAACCCAAGGGGCUCGCCGGGGCUUCUGGGUACACCCAGCGGGAACGGGCUUGGUAAAGUCAUGCCUGCGAAGUCACCGCCGCCACCGGGGGGCAACAUGGGCAUCGGUAGCCGCAAGCCAGACUUGAGAGUCGUCAUCCCCCCAUCCAGCAAGGGCAUGAUGCCACCCCUGCAGUCGGAGGAGGAAGAGAUGGAGUUGAACACCCAGAGGAUAAGCAGUUCCCAGUCUCUGGCCACACCGGUGGUCUCCAUCACCACCCCGAGUCUGCCACCACAAGGCCUGGUCUACUCGAGCAUGCCCACUGCCUACAACUCUGAAUACUCCCUGAGCAGUGCUGAGCUCUCCUCUCUGCAAGGCUUUGGCUCUCCAGGGCUCUCUAUAGGCUCAGUGUCGGCAUGGCAACAGCAUCAACUGGGCCAGGCAGCUCUCAGCUCGCUGGUAGGUGGAGGUCACUUACCUCAGGGCUCAAAUCUCUCCAUCAACACCAGCCAGAAUGUCAACAUUAAAUCUGAGCCCAUCUCUCCUCCACGUGAGCGUAUCACCCCGUCCGGCUUCCCACCCCAGCAGCAGCAGCAGCAGCCUCCCUCUGGCCGUCCAGACAUGGGCCGUUCACCUGUCGACAGCCUCAGCUCCUCUUGCUCCUCAUACGACGGAAGUGACCGAGAGGAUCACCGGCCUGAUUUCCACUCCCCACUCGGUCUGGGUCGACCCCCGGCCUCUGGGGCCGAAGAGAGGGAGAGCCCCACGGUCAAGCGCAUGCGCAUGGACACCUGGGUGACAUAAAGCUGUCCGGAGCCUGACAGCCAGUCAGUCAGUCACAUGCAGGGCUGGGCAGGGGGAAAGGGAGAGAGGAGUGACAGCAGGGAGGGUCAUUAUUGUUAUUAUUCUAUUGUUAUAAUUUAACGUCAUUUCACUUUUUUUGUAAGUAGGUGGAUGGGGAAAGAAAUCGAAAAUGUCCUGGCAUAUCGAAAUUAAGCAGAUGAGUGGAGAGAGGGAAAAUCAAAAAGUCAAGCAGUCAGAAUGAAUGGUGUACUCAAAAACAAAACAAAAAACAAG